CUUUUAUCUGGCCUGCCACGUAAUGGUACUUGUACCUCCAAGUGGCAGGGUUCCUUAGCAACCAGUAAAGUGAGGGCUUAACCGAGGAUUUAUAAACACUUGCGAUUUAUUUGGUAGAAGAAAGUUAAUCAUCUCUAGAACCAGUGGAGAAGGCGCUGCAUCUCUUCAAACUGCACUCUGACUUGUCAGCAGCAGGAAAGAACAAGAGGCGUACUGUCAGCCAGCUCAGGUGUGAGUUCCUGGCUGGAGUUAUGAAUGGGAUGCUGCCGCUGGAUGCACUCACCAUCUGCCCCAUGAUUGCUGAUACACUGUCUGAAGUCACCACCGUCCUACUGCUGCUGCUGCUGCUGCUGCUGCUCUUCACUGCCUGCAGCCGAACAAACCGCUCACACAUACCAGGACCUUCCUUCUUGGCAGGACUAGGUCCUAUUCUCUCCUACAGCAGAUUCAUCUGGACUGGGAUAGGAACAGCGUGCAACUACUAUAACAACAAAUAUGGCAGCAUUGUCCGGGUCUGGAUUAAUGGCGAGGAGACCGUCAUUCUGAGCAGGUCUUCAGCAGUGUAUCAUGUUCUGAGGAGCGCUCACUACACAGCCAGAUUUGGGAGCAAAACAGGACUGGAGUGCAUUGGGAUGGAAGGGAGGGGAAUCAUUUUCAACAGUGAUGUUCUACUCUGGAAAAAAGUGAGGACAUAUUUUUCUAAAGCUCUGACAGGCCCCGGCCUCCAGAGGACUGUGGGAAUCUGUGUGAGCUCCACAGCCAAACACCUGGACCGCCUGCAGGAGAUGACCAAACCCUCAGGACAUGUGGACUCCCUCAAUCUGCUAAGAGCCGUAGUGGUGGACAUUUCCAACAGGCUUUUCCUCAGGGUGCCACUGAAUGAAAAAGACUUGCUGAUGAAAAUCCAAAGCUACUUUGAGACCUGGCAAACAGUUCUAAUAAAGCCUGAUAUAUUUUUCAAGAUUGGAUGGCUGUACAACAAGCAUAAGAGAGCAGCCCAAGAGCUGCAAGACGCGAUGGAGAGCCUUCUUGAAAUCAAAAGAAAGAUUAUAAAUGAGUCUGAGAAGUUGGAUGAUGAUCUUGACUUUGCAACAGAGCUCAUCUUUGCUCAAAACCUCGGAGAGCUUUCAGGAGAUAAUGUCAGGCAGUGUGUGCUGGAGAUGGUGAUUGCAGCGCCUGACACGCUUUCCAUCAGCCUCUUCUUCAUGCUGAUGCUGCUGAAACAAAACCCAGAUGUAGAGCUGAGGAUAGUCGAGGAGAUGAACGGUGUCUUGAGUGCAAAAGGUUCUGAAAACAUCGAUUAUCAAAGGUUGAAAGUGCUGGAGAGUUUCAUCAAUGAGUCUCUGAGGUUUCAUCCUGUGGUUGAUUUCACGAUGCGAAAAGCUCUGGAAAAUGACACCAUCGAAGGCAUUAAGAUUACAAAAGGAACAAACAUCAUUCUCAACAUUGGUCUCAUGCAUAAGACUGAAUUCUUUCCAAAACCCAAAGAGUUCAGCCUGAUGAACUUUGAUAAAACAGUAAGACAGGUUCCCAGUCGUUUCUUCCAGCCCUUCGGCUGCGGGCCUCGUUCCUGCGUGGGCAAACAAAUCGCCAUGGUGAUGAUGAAGGCCAUUCUGGUCACUCUGUUGUCUCGCUAUACAGUGUGUCCUCGCCAAGGCUGCACCCUCAACAGCAUCAGGCAGACCAACAACCUGUCGCAGCAGCCUGUGGAGGACGAGAACAGCCUGGCCAUGCGCUUUAUCCCUCGAACAGCACAACCUUCACACAGUCAGCACUGAGACACAGAGGGUUUUGGUGGAAACUACUAUAGUAUUGCCUGUGUUUUAAAUAUGUAGCCGAUAUAAUGAAGGCAAUGGGGCUGGUGAGCUGAUAUUCCCUGAACAAGUUAUACAAAUGUGCAAAAAGACAAACUCUGGUACUCUGUUGCCUACAUUGACAUCAAGGGCCUCUAAGAGAAUACGGUUGAAGGUUUUAGCCAAAAGAAGAGUGGCAGGAUGAUCUUCUGACUCAUAGGAUGCAAUAUGGAAAAUGCAGAGGGAUAUAGAUUAUGUUUAAUUGUCCUCAGAGGUCACAAAAUAAUUAUGACCUGGACUGAGGCGAAGCUACUUUUUCAUUUUGUUAAUCCCAGUUUAAUUUUGUUGAUGAUGAUGCUGUUAUCAUGUCAUAUUUAUAUUUUACAUAUGGUGUGCGUUUCCUUUAGCAUUAUAGAGGUUACCGUAUUAAACAUGAUCAAAGUUAUGGUAUAGUGAACAGUGUUAGAUGUAAACAUGUAAUAAUUUCAGCACACACUGGGAUGUGCAAAAAAUAGGGAAAAAAAUGCAGGAAAUAACAUUAGAAAAUGUUAAUAAAAAUGGGUAAUAUCCCUCUUUCCUGCAUAUGUUCUGUUUCAUAGCUAUUACAGAUGUAUCAUCAAUAAUCAAGGAGUCAAAAUCAAGUUAAUUUACAUGUGUUGAAUUUAUUCAUAAGUUAGCAGAAUGUAGUGACAGGCACUCUAAGAAACAUUGAUUUUCUCUGUACCACAGGCACAAAUCAAACACGCCACCUUGGCAUUAGAACAUAAGGCGUUGGGUUAAAGUUUUAGACGCAUUGUUAGCUUCACGCUGUGCUUCAAAUCAGGACACAGGCAAAAACAAAAAAAAAAAAAAGGUAAACUUUCCCUUCAGGUUGAAUUAAAUAAAACAAGCUGAGACAAAUCAGAUCUGACACACAAUAAUCAAACAGCACAAUGAUUUUUUUUUUCCUUUCAGAGAAGUGAAUAUAAAAUAUUUUCUGUAAGAAUAUAAAUCCAAUAAAUAUGUUAAUACUGCAUUGAUACAAAAAUAUAAUAAUCAAAGACUGCUAAAAUCCACCUCUCACCGGAACUGACAAACCACAAACAUGAGUGCAUAGAUAAUCAUAUCACACAGAAGGCAGCAUCUGCAAAACAUGAGGGAAAACUAAAAUGCUCCUCAUCAGAAUGACAAACGGACAACACGGACAUCGCAGAGUGAGAUCUUCAUUGCUACAUUUAAGACAAAAUACUUUCAUCACAGAUGUAAGACAUACGUGUAACUGCUGCAGUCAGAGGUUAAUGUCAGCUUAAUGUAACCCUUUAGACAGACAGGGAUGUAAACCUCUUUUUACUUCAGCAGCAAAGACGAGCAGGUUCUUUACUCAAAAGCAGCUCACUGUAAAUAUUAGUUUAAACUGUUUCCAUACCACAAAUAACAAGCAAUUCAUUUGGUACUCUUAAAAGAUAUCAAUAUAUUCCCUGUGCUACUCCAAAAACACCUAAUAAAUGACAUCAACCAGUCCAAAGCAAGAAUUUGUGUUGUUUCCAUUUCAAUCAGUAUUGCUUCAAUCAGUAUUGAUGAACUUGAAAAGAACUAAACAUUUUAGUUAAUACCAGCAAUGAAAGGAGCAGUGUGUAGGAUUUAGUUUCAUCUAGCAGUGUAGUUACAGACCCUCCACUUCCAAGCGUGAAGGAGAAACUAUCUAUAGCCUCCUAUAGUUUUUGUUUGUCCCUUCUGGGCUACUGUAGAAACAUGGCUGGCUCCCUGGAAGGUGACCCGCUGCAACUGCAGAUAUAAAAGGCUCAUUCCAAAGUAACAAAAACAUAACAAUUCCUAUAUUACACAUGAAUGAAAACCUAUGAAUCUUAAAUUUAAUUUCUGCCAAUAGAGCCUCCUAAAUGUUACACACUGGAACUUUAAGGUGCUAAUGAAGAAAAGAGAUGACCUUUGUAUGUAUUUGUUCUGUCUGUCAUGAUCAUUCUAACCAAGAAAAUGUAACUAUGUUUUAAAAUCAUGUCACAAAUCAGUAAUCUCUGGUUAUUAGCAUGCAGACCAGGGGGGUGCAAAAAACAACUGUAGAAAUUCAUUAUUUUCCAAUAAUAUCAAACUUAACAUUCAUUUCCCUCACAAUGUUUCAAACAUUGAAGUUUUCAAGUCAUUAUGGAGCCCUGUCAUCAUCUUAAGACAUAAGUGUUAUUCUGAAAUGUCAAACACCCACAGAAGGUUAAAAACACAAUAUCUUGGCCCUGAGGUUUUUAUCAACCAUGACUUCCAAACUAUGGAUUUCCACUAAUUUGUUAAAAAUAAAUGAUUCAAAAGCAAAUCCUGCUGUGUAACUUACAUUGGAAGUGA